ACGUAAGGCCUCAGUGUCAGAGCAGCCCUAGGGCUUGCUCAGAGCAGGAGCACCCUGCGCCUUGAGGCAUUUGUCAGUGGGCAGCUGCACACUGACAGGAGCCUUGUUUGUUCUAGUGUUGGAGCACAGCGUGCAAACUUGCACAGCAGUGCUACAAUGAUUCAGCAGCUUGCUGCUGCAGUGGUUACUGUUUAUGGCGUGACUUAUUCCGGCUAUUUUCUGACUCACCUGGCAUGUCACAUAAAACAUGUAUUCAGUGGAGCUGCUCCUGAGUGCCUGAGAGGACUGGAUUUUCUUCACUCAAACCACAUGAUCCACCGAGGUCUGAAGAGCUGCAACAUCCUUCUCGGAACCAACGGCUCUGUCAAGCUGGCUGACUUUGGCCUCUUUGCUCAGCUCACUCCUGAGCAGAGUAGACAGAGCUCCGUGGCCAGCACUUCUGGGUGGAUGGCGCCUGAAGUGGUGACAGGUCAACCAUAUGGCCCCAAAGUGGACAUAUGGUCUUUUGGAAUCGUGGGCAUUGAAAUGGUGGAAGGAGAAGCUCCUUACUGGAAAGAAACUUCUGGCAUGGUAAGGAGCAAAUACUGACUGAUCCCUCUGUCUUUCUCACCUGUCCCGUGUCCUGUGUGCCACUGGACAAAAUCCCAUUGCCAUCUGCUGGCACCACUUCCACCAAGAUCACCUCCUAAAAAUGUCCCUGCAGCACAUCAGCAGCUGCUGUAGCUUUGGUUGCAUCAGAAGGAAAGUGGCAGUUCAGAAACCUAAGCAGUUCAGACACCUAACCAGUUCAGGAACCUGCCAUUUAGGCCUCCAGCCAUGCCUGGCAUUUCUCAUUUGCUUUUUGAACAGUGUUGGAGCUCUGUCUCUGAAGGACAAAAAAUUUUCAGUGGAAUGGUUGGAUGUGUGAUAAAUAUCCUUCAAAAUGGAGGUUCAAUCAUCCUAGUUUCAAUUGUACAGCAAAAGAAAACUGGAAAUUGAAAAGGAAGAGAAAAUAGAUAAGAAAAAAAGGAAACAGAAGAGAAAAAAAUAAAAGAAAGAGAAAGAAAAAGAAAAAGAAAAAGAAAAAGAAAAAGAAAAAGAAAAAGAAAAAGAAAAAGAAAAAGAAAAAGAAAAAGAAAAAGAAAAAGAAAAAGAAAAAAGAAAAAGAAAAAGAAAGAGAAAAAGAAAUAGAAAGAGAGAGAGAAAGAGAAACAGAAAAAGAAAGAAAAAGAGAAAGAGAAAGAGAAAGAGAAAAGA